GUUCCACCCUCUACCCUACACAAGGCUGAAUCCUCAACAACUGAUCUCUCGCCUGUAAGGCUUCGAAACCCUUACCAUAUUACCUGUUUCUCAACAAGAACAUUUCUUGGCAACAUGGCUGGACCUCAAACUGCUCAAGGAUCGAAGCAAGCUCCGAAAAACAUAGCCCCUGCCUCGGCGCUCUCACCGAAGGAGAACCCACCCGAAAGUACUUCUCCCCUUUCUCCAUUGGAGGAUCCCAAUGUUAUUCGUACAGUGAAUUUUGAAGGGUUGGAAUGUGAUUCCGUGAUCUGGAAAUCGAGUGAGAACAAAUGGAACAAUGGCAAGGUGAACCUAGACACUGCUUUGUCGAAGAAGCGCGAUGAGCGCUCCGAUAUUGAGAUAUACUUCUUACCUACUAUCAAGAAGCUCGUAAAAUACCCCAGCAUGACAGAGAAAAUGUCGACGGAGUUCCAUGUCCCCAGAUUUUUUUGGACGCAUACAGGAUGGAAUGCGAACGGUUUCUUCGGCAGCCAUGAAGAUCCGCUAGGCGAAAACUACGAAGAGAGCUUCGUGUCGUAUUCCCGAUUCCUGGUCAAAGAGCUUCUGCUUUCGGAUGCCGACAAAGACACCACGAUAGGGGAUCCGAGGGAACAGUCCAAUACGGAGAGUCACAACGGUCCAAAAACCACAGCACCUGCUGCGAAGAAUACUGCGGAGGGUUAUGGAUACCAAUGGCAGUUUAUUGCUUUUUUUACUUUUUGGUUCUUACCGAAAGAGCCGGUAACAAAAAGGACAGAGGCGCCAAAGAGCGGAUCAAAGCAAGUCGUCUUUUGCUUUGACCAGUCACCAACCAUGAAACGUAUGCUCAAGGAUGCGAUUGAGAAGUGUAGCACACCUCUAUGCCAGGCCUGCCCUUAUGGAAUUUUCGAGCCCCUAUUGUCAACGCUCUUUACGUAUUAUGACUGGGCACUGUGGGAUUUUCAGAAACCAGUGCGAGACAUUGAAAGGGCGCGUGAUGACUUCUCUGGACUAGAGAACUACAAUCGUGCCGAUAUGUAUAUACGGUACGUCAAGAUGCAUGAGCUGGCUCGUCACAUCAUCCACUUGACCGAGACCCUUGGGGUAGGUGCGCGAACAUUGAGAACUAUGCGAAAUGCCCAUAGUGUACGUUGCAAAAGUGGAAAAUCGGUCGGGCAUUAUCACCAGAUACAAGGCGACCUCGAGUUCUAUGAACUGUUCCUCCAGAAUCUGCAAGCAAGGGCAUCUGCUUUUGAUCAGCGGCUGAAUAACGAGAUCAAAUUGGCUUUCAAUCUCUUCGCUGCCGAUGACAACGCUACACAAAAGGAAAUUCUGAAAGAAUCGCAGAAUGACGGCCGGGAUUUGACGAACCUAGUCGCCCUUUUGACACUUAUCUUUCUCCCCGCCUCUUUUCUCACGGGCUUCUUUGGAAUGCACUUUUUCGACAUAGAAAGGAGUCAGCCAGAUCUAUCGCAUCCAAAGCGGCUAUGGCUAUACUUUGCCGUGGCUGGUCCCGUCUCUGCAGUCGCCAUAAUGUUAUGGUACGGAUUUCGUAAAUGGAAGGCACAACUCCGGGGGAUUGAAAACCAGAAGGCGCGGGGAACUCGAGCGAGACGCUCAAAGCCAAAGCAGGAGGAUUUGGGCAACUUGAAAAGAGCUGAGAGUUGGUUGGCCCCACCGGGGCAACACAACAAUAAGGACUUUGCGUUCGGAAGCAAGACAUCGCCCUUGCCUCGUGCCAAAUUGACUUCAAAUUCACCGCCAAAUGCAUAGAGUCAUGGGUUGUUAGGCGUUAUAUCUCUUCUUUUGUCGUCGUUUGUUAUCGCAUUUCUGUAUGCAUUGCAUUCUGCAGGAAAUGGAUAACCCGUGAGAAAUGACUACUGAUACUGUCAUCUCCGCUCAUGUGGCUUUGUGAUCUGUAAUUUUCUAACAAAUCAUAUGUGAAUGUCGCUCCGCUUCGCUUUAGCAGCUUUCUCACAGUAUAAGCUGGACAUAGAAAGGGCGCGGCCAGGUGCAUAUUCACUUUCUCACCGGAAUUCAGCAGAUAAGCAGAUAGCUAUGUAACAU